GACGAUGACGACACCGAGGAUCUUUUCAAGACACUGAAACGAUUGGUACAGCAGCGAAGCACAAAGAACCAUGGCAACAAACAGGAACCCUUGAGACAGUCACUCAAGGCCGCCAUGCGACGCGUCUCCGAGAAUGAGGACAUCGAUCUCUUUUAUGAGCUCACCAAGGUUCUUGAGCAGGAGCAAAAGCGACGAGACAAAGCGGCGAAGCCCGCUGACAAGCCCAAGGUCAAUCAGGAGGCGACCCAACAGUGGAACUGGAGCCGCCCUUCGCGGUGGAGCACGAGGCAGCGAAACAGAUGGAGUCAUAGCCGGACGGAGCCAGAGUCAUGGACCUACGCUGGCUGGCUCCCAAAGGCUACACACUGGACGCAUCCUUUGACUACAGACAUUGCUCUGGCCAAAGGGUCGGAUGAGUACGUCCAGCACUUGGAAAAUCGACGUGGCGAGGCCCACAUCGUCUAUGUGACCACGGCUGAGGAUUGGACGGAAGCAUGCGAAGUUGCCAUGGGCGAGCGAGCGCCGAUGACUGUGGUGGUGAUGCAGGCACAGGCCCACCUGGACGACCCACAAGCGACGAAAGUCAGAGAGACGAUUGACCAAUUGGAAAUCGCUUGGUCGCCAUGGCAAGAGAACGAGACUUGGGCUCAAUACGCUGAAAGGGCAAGACGGCAGGAAAGCGUCGUCGUUGAGGAAAAAGUCUGGGCUCGGCCAGGCUCUGUGUGGAAGUUCAGGGCUACGCGCACGGACAACAAGAGCUUCGUGUCGGCCUUCGUGCAGUCAGAAAUGGGCACUCGUGAGUUGCGUGCUACCAAAGCGGCUGCCAGACAACGCCAACACGCUCAAGCAUGGCAACUCCCCCGCGAGCAGAAGGUGACGUAUGCGACGACCCAGGCCGAGACCCAGACUUUCUACGGGAGCCUCAAGGCCGCCACACCUAAAGUUGCAGCGAAACGACCUGCCGGCGACAACGAGACUGCGGACAACGACGGCACUGCCAAUCUCGAUGUGGGUGACGAGAUCCUCGACGACCUCGAGGUGGACCAUGAGCAGAAGCGCGCCAAGAUGCACACACUUCGUGAGAAUCCUGGCGAACCGUUUUUCCCGACGGGCGCGCGCCGCAUCCCUAACACUGGGAAGGGAGAUUGUUUGGUGGAGGCCCUGGCAAGUUCAUUUUCCCAGCUGGUUCCACGAGCCAAGGGCUACUCAGGACGCAAGCUUCGCCAGUUUGUUGCAGCUUUUCUGGACAGGCACAAAGACGAAUACUCAAUUCAGUGGGACGGCUUGGGUCCGGGAAAAGAUGCUGGUCCCAUCGAUGAUUUUGAGACCUAUCUUUCUUUGACGCGACAACAAGGCACCUGGCUCGGCUCACUUGAGAUCGGCGCCUUUUCGGUGAGCAUGCAGAAGUCCAUCCUCGUCCUUGACCAAGCGGGUGAAGUAUGGUUUUGGAAACACGAAGAUGAUGCUCAACCGGUCACUUUCGAACAGCUCCAGGCGGACAACCAUGGUACGCUGGUGGAGCAGCUCAUGCAGCGAGCUAAACGGUUUGAUCAUGCGUCUGGCCCGAGGCUCAAUGGAGGUGGUCCCGCCAGCCUUGCCUUGUCCGACUUUGACACGGCAGCUGGAAGCGAAGAUGCACGGUCAAGCAAGCGAGCAACCGACGUUGAGGGAACGCAGCCGACUAAGCGCGCGCGGAGCAUCACUUACUCUGAAUUUUCGCGGAGAGACCGGGCAUCUACUGGAUCUGCUUCGAGCAAGCGUACGUCCUCUGAGCUCACCACCUCGCGUCGGAGAUCAGCUGUGAAACACCCGGAUGCCGAGAUCAGGCGGCCGCGCAGAAAGGAUGUUGUCGACAAGACGGCCUCUAACAAGGAGCAGCUCACUGCCGACAAUCUGAGAAAGCAUUCGGCGACCCGUCCUAAUGCUUCCAUGGGCUCCAACUCCAAAGCACCAACACCUGGUGACAAGCAUGAGCAAGCAGAGCCGGAGCGAUAUGGUGGCAUCAGAUGGGAGCAUAACCCCACCGCACAUGCCGCAGCUUCCAAAAGACACACUCCUGCUGGCUCGCCGCGCAUGACUGCUCGAGUCGGCGAUGUCUUGUUGUGGGAUUGCGACCUCUGUCGCAAGCGCGUUUUCGCGGUCAAUAGCUUAGCACUCGACUAUGACAGGCUUGCCCACAUCACUAACCACCACAAGGGCACCUCAGCAUCCGAAUUUUCAGGGACACGAUCCCUGUCGCACUGGCCCAAGUUAGUGCCACCGUCCGCAGGCACUCUUGCUUGGCGUUGUGCCCAAUGCAAGCAUGGUUUCCUGAAAGGCGAUGGUUCGCAGAAGGGCGUCGUCAAGGCUUCUGCGGCGCAUCUCCAGCAGUGCCCAGGCGCAGCUAAGACACCAUGGCUUAAUUACCUCCGGCUCCGUGCCGAACAGGCGCAACAGGGUGUCUUCAUCUUUGCACCCACCGAGGCCGCUGAAGCUUUCGCUGAGAAAUGCGCUGACGCGACGGCCAAAGAUGCUGACAUCCAUAUGGUCGAGAUGACACCGUGGCCUCGCUCGCUGUCUUCUACACGCACGAAGCUCCAGCGAGCGUGUCACACCGAGAAGUGCGGUGAUGAUGCGAGCAUCGCGCGGGCCAGACAGCUCUUCCUGAAGAAGCAAGCAGCAUGGUGGGGCACGACGAGGCUGGCGCACCCACAGCUGCGCGUGCAGUGGAUUCGUUUCUUCCAUCUCCGCAUUCUUGAGCUGCUGGAGUUGGAACACAGUGCGACUUUGAAGUGCAAAGCCUACCGGCGUCGAGUGGUUCCGCUGCAGAAGGUGGAAUGGUUUCGCACGAUGGUCCUUGAAGUCGAAGACGGCGAGAGGAUUCACCCGAACCCGGGUCCAUCGAGUACGUGGUCGCAGACGGCGGUCUCGAGUUGCAAGCUUUAUCCGUGCGGUGAUGCUCCGCUUCGCAUGCAAAGUAAACUACCACCCCUUACAAAGGUUCGCUGGCACCGCGUCAUGGCUCUUGAGUUUGAGGACGGCGAGCGCAUCCAUCCGAACCCGGGCCCUCCAGUCAUGGACAUGAACGUGGCGCCGCAGGAGCACAUUCCCGCCAAAACGCUGCGACAAAACUUGCACCUUUGCUUUGUGAAUGUCGGGGGGCUCUCCAAUGCGUAUGAUGCACUGUGCUAUUUGGAGGGCUUGGACCUGGAACAUCGACCACAAGUUUUUGCCAUGGCCGAGAUCAGAGCCGGGGCUCACGACCGAGCCGUGCUAGUGAAUCGGGCGAGAAAGCUGGGAUACCGUGCUUGGGUUGUUCACGAGAAGGAUGGACAUCACACGCAGAAAGGCUGCCCCAUCUACGCGGGCGGCAUCCUUGCUCUGGUGAGCGAAGAUGUGCCCUGUUCGGAGGACUAUCAAUGGUGGGGUGAGCAGGGUGAGUUGAUUAACUUGCGCACGGGAGCAUCGAUAGUGACGGUGGCUUGGAGGCGACCUACCAAAGAUCACGACCUCUUCGAUGCCGAGCUCACGACAAUCGCGACGGCGACGACUGCAGCUGGCGCCACAUGGUUGCGCUUAGCCGAUCACAAUCUAUUGCCUGAGGAAGCGCCCUAUGCAGCCGGGAUGCCUAUUCUUGCGCCUGUCGACGAACAAGGGGCGCUCACACCUAGCCGAUGGCAGGGUGAGCGGGCGAUUGAUUGGGGCAUCACCAACGAUGGCCUUCGCCAGCUCCGGACGAGAUUCGGUGUGGAAAAGUGCGGUGAUCACAAGAUGCUCCAUGUUCUCGAGCAUUUUCCCCACCGGCGAACCUCGACAUGGACCUUGCAAGGCUCUAUCUCCUUAGCCAAGCCGGAUGGUAUCAGCACGUAUCAAUGGCGAGCGUGGAUCGCUGAAGGGCUGUGGCUGCUUUUCAACAUGCGCGUCGUCGUGCAGGCGAACGUGGCCGUCCUCCUGGUCGCGUUGCAGGCGUCCGCGGUGGCUUACCAGUUGCUGUUUUGGGCAGUGCUCAAAAUGCUCCAAGAGCAACGACGUCCAAAGUCCGCCAGCUUGAGAACUUCUUGGGCCGAGCUUUGGAGUACAACCGCGGAGUGGCUGCUGGCCGACACGACGUGCUACCAGCCCGAGUGCAAGAGUGCAUUCACGCUGAAAGACAAAAGAGGCUCCCGGAAGGAGGACACCACGAAGACUGGACAUCUCCUCCGUGAGGCGUGGCGCACGAAGUUGGUCGACGGCUUCUUGCACAUGCCUCGCCGUGACUCCGAGGAGCUCCUGGCCAUGAACGCUGGCUACAACGCGAACCAGGCGAAGGCUACCCAAACCUUGUACAUCACCGCGUCGGCGGAGCAGCGAGGCGUCCUCCUGGGUGGUGCAUUGAGCGAGGCCGCUUACGCGGCGAUGCGAGAUCAAAGACCCCGUCGAGCGUACCGUCAUGGGAGCAUGCAUUGUGGUUCUGCGUUAAGGAACAUCGACCUCCGCGACCUGCUGACCCUUGGUCGUGCCGCUUGGCUUGGGCCCAGGCCCAUGAACCUGCUUCUGCCUCGGCGCAGCGCUUAG